AGUGAGCCACUGAAGCCUGAGGGAGCAUCAUGGCAGUGUUUCUGGAGGCCAAGAAUGCACAUUCUGUCCUGAAACGAUUCCCUCGUGCCAACGAGUUCCUGGAGGAGCUGCGCCAGGGCACCAUUGAGCGAGAGUGCAUGGAAGAGAUCUGCAGCUACGAGGAAGUCAAGGAGGUGUUUGAGAACAAAGAGAAAACGAUGGAAUUCUGGAAGGGGUACCCCAAUGCUGUCUACUCAGUCCGAGACCCCUCCCAGAGUUCGGAUGCCAUGUAUGUGGUUGUGCCCCUGCUAGGAGUAGCGUUGCUGAUUGUCAUCGCCUUGUUCAUCAUCUGGAGGUGCCAGCUGCAGAAAGCAACUCGUCAUCACCCCUCCUAUGCUCAGAACCGGUACCUAGCCAGUCGCACUGGGCACAGCCUCCCCCGGGUCAUGGUGUAUCGCGGCACUGUGCAUAGCCAGGGAGAGUCCUCUGGUCACCGUGAGGCUGGGAGCACCCAACAGGUGGUGCUGGGGUCUGGCCGAGGGGGCAGAGCCACAGUCCGGCUUGAGAGCACUCUCUACCUCCCUGAGCUCUCUCUCUCCAGGCUGUCCAGUGCCACUCCUCCUCCCUCCUACGAGGAGGUGACCGCACCCCAGGAGGGCAGCAGUGAGGAGGCCAGUGUCUCCUACAGUGACCCACCCCCAAAAUAUGAGGAGAUAGUGGCCGCCAGCCCUGGUGCAGACAAGUAGUAGGUCACUUGUUCUGGCCUGUGUGAAAGCCUCUUUCUGAGGCCUCCUGUUUUCUUUUCAACUUUUGAAAGACUGUGCCACCACAAAACAGCCUUAGCCUCCUUGUUGCCAAAUAAUUCCCUAACCGUGGAUUUUUAGGAAGUCAGUUGUCAGAGACAGGUGGGGAGGAUGGGGGUCAGGAACACACAUGAG